AUGGACACGAACCUGUUGCUUCAGCGGGCGCUGGAAGUGCUGAGGAGCAUUCCAGAUUGGAGUGAUAUCUACUUCAACACUGAUGAUGCUUUGGUUUCGGUUGGAAUGGAUGUCAACACUUCCGAAUCUGAAGAGAUCAAGAGACGAUUGAACCGUUUGGAAAAAGGCGCAUUCCAGCGGUAUGGUUCGCUCAGCCAUGCAAAUGAAUACGACGCCAACUGUGACAGAGCAGUUUAUCUUGCUCAAAGAAUCAAGUUUCAACCAAACUCGAAGCCAGCAUCGCUUGCUUUCGUCAUGCAAGUAGCUGGGUUUGCAAAAGAGCAAUGUGGGCCCGGAAAAUCGUACAUGAAAGUGUCUCGCAAGCUCAAGGCAACGCCUCCACUGACUGAUCAACGUGCUCGUCCUUUGGAAACAGAUAAUGCAAACAAUCAACGCCCCGUUCCAGCUAUUGACGUGCGUAUGGGUGGGGACCAACCGGAGCCAAUUAUUCACCUCUUUCGCCCGGAGCUCCACAUUUUUGGGGACGAGAAUACCAUCGGAUCCAAAGGAACGAAGAAUAUUUCGCUCAGAGAUGUCCGGAAGAAUAGACAAGCCUUAAUCAAGAGUGAUAUCUCCCACCUUACAUCAACGAAGGAUCCCCGUUGUACCACUCACGCAGCUCAGGUUGAGAGGCAAACACAACGAGAGCUUGAUAAUAUUCGAAAAUCGAUGUACAAAGCAUCGACCAUCUUGUACAAAUCAGUUCAGAUGAACGAGAAUACACUUUCAAUCUUCAAAUCUGCAGACGCCGUGGCCCGAGCAAUGAACAACCUUGUUGGCAUCGACUGUGUUUCUGGGAGAGAGUUAGCUGCAGCCGUCCGCAACAACAAUGUUGGAAAGUCUCCACCUCGGCUCGGACGCAAAGGCGAGAUCCCAGAAGAUAUCUUCCGCGCCUUUUGCUCAUUGGUCUUCACUGCUUGUGCCAUUGAACAGUCUAAUUGCCGAGAUCGGUCAACACGAGAGGAACUCAAGAGUGCCGUGGGUGAAAUAUUGAAUGCAAAACGAGCAGCUGACGGAUUGGAACUCAUGAGCGAUUCAAAAUUCUAUGCCAGAAUCGAAAGCGCCAUUUGCCACCUACAAGACUUGAACAAGGCUGACAACAGAGAGUCGCUCCGUGUGCUGUGGUUGACUUAUCAGUCGCAACUCUUGCACUACAAGAAUUGGGAGAAAGAAGCAAUCCGGCUUGGAUUUGCUCGUCCUCUCAACGAAGGCGAGUCUAUUGACGAGGCGGGCCACAUCGUGUGGAAGAACGAACGCCUCUCGCAUGUUCUUCAGUUUGACGAAAUGAACAUUGCUCUUGAUGCCAACGACUCCGCCAUUGGUGGAAGAGCUUCACGAGUACCCACUGCCACUCGUCUUGGGUUGAAUGAUGCUGGGUCUGCGACAGAGAAGUCUGCGGCGAAGAUGACAGUGAUGUUUGGCAUUAACUUUGCAGGAGAGGCGUUGCCUCCUCUCUUGGUCUUUCCUACCCAAGCAAAGAAUCCAUCGAAUUACAAGCUCAAAGUGGAAUUCGCCAAGUGUCUCCCACAAUUGAAAGCAAGAUACGGGUUCGAUGAACCGCGCACUCACAACGUCCCGUUUGCUAUGAAUCCAAAAGGAGAUAUUGCGUCUAUUAUUUUUGGAGGAACGGUGACCCUUGUAGAUGGAAGCACCAUCCAGUUACCGGAUGCAUUCAGUGUUGGCCUUGACAAGGAGCAUAUUUUGGAAGCGAUGCAGAAAUGUGGGUAUUGCCCAAGCACUCGCGCAGCUUUGAAAGCGACUCAAAUUCGGCAUGAAAUUAUGGAGAGCGAAGAAGGAGACAUCGACAAUGUUGCAGAUCCGUAUGGAAGUUUGCUGAAUGAGCUCGAAGAACAAAACAUCGCGGCUGUCAGAGAGUUGGAGGCAGCUGGAUACACUCUUGCCAACAGCUUGCAACGUACAUGCAAACGAGUGACAGCAGCUCAAACGGCUGGCCGAAACUCAACAAUCACCAUCCCCAACUCACGUGAAAGACAGGACGCAAUCAUGAAGAUAUCCACCGCUGGCGGUUGGUUUCAAGUGACGAAUGGUGGAGCCCCAAUGACAUGUGAUGAUGCCUUGAUUGCUUAUGCUCGAAAGGAUAUGAUCAAGGAAGCCGAAGAGCUAGAGAAAAAGAAGCAGCAAUGCUCAACUGGUGACGACGUGGCAAUGGAAGCAGCCAAGAUCCUCGAGGCCGGAAAGGAUUACAAAGAUUGGCUGAAGGGUGAGUUACAAGUCAUGAUUCAAUGGAAACAAGGCCCCAAUCCACUUACUCCAUUUGACGACAAAGUGAAACAGAACAAGCCAUUGCUUGUCAAGCUAUGGGAGGAGAAAUACGCAGCAAUCGAGGCAUCGACUGAGGAUGUGUGGACGAACGACGAUGAAGCAAAGCUUGCGCAACUACAGGCAGGAGAAAUCAAUUGCUUUUCGAAAGAUGUUGGCCUUGAACGAUGUAUAGAGACCGAAGAUGAUUAUCUUGUCAAGAGGCUUCUUACGAUUGGUCCAAAGAGGAGACAGAAGGUCGUUGUGGGAGUACUGAAUGCCAUUGAGCAAGAAGAGGCAGACGAUAUCGUAUCAAAUAUCUAG